UCUAAAAAAAAUACAAAUUAGAAAAUAAGUGACCCAAAAUUACGAAACUAAUCCCCUUACAAACAAACUCGCACUAUGGGCUUUAAUAAGACCCAUUAAGGCCCAAUAGAGAAAGAUAUAUAAAUAAAAAAACAAGUGGCCAAAAAAUAACGAAACCAAUCAGUUCUAUCCAUCUCCGUCGUCGUUAACCAAUGUCUUCGAUCGUGGAGCACGUCGUCCUCUUCAAGCUCAAGGACGGUGACGACGUUGACUCAAACAAGAUCACCUCCAUGGUCAACGGAAUCAACGAACUUAUCAAUCUCGACCAGGUGCUUCACCUCGCCUGCGGUUCAAUCCACCGCCUUAGCUCCACUUCUGCUUCCGCCUCCGCCUUUACUCACGUACUUCAUAGCCGUUACAGAUCUAAAGAAGAUCUCGACGCAUACGCAAUACAUCCCGAUCACGUCCGCGUCGUCAAGGAAUCGGAAUCGAUCCGUGAAGAUAUCUUGGCCGUUGAUUGGAUUGUCGAUCAAAUCCCCGGAACCCUUGCUCCGCCUCCUGGUUCAAUUGCUAGAAUCACGCUUGUUAAGGUGAAAGAGAAUGUAACAGAAGAGACGAAAUCGGAGAUUAUGGAAGUGAUUAAGGAGAAAUCUAAAGGUGUUGAUCAGAUCACAGCUGGAGAAAACUUUUCUCCGGGUAGAGCUAAAGGUUUCUCAAUUGGAUCGAUUUCGUAUUUUAAGGAUUUGGGAGAGAUCGAGGCUAUGGAUGCUCAGAAGAUGAUGGAAAGUGAUAAGAUUCGUAAUUAUAUUGAUGAUACUAUCGUUGUUGAAUUCGUGGUGGUGAAGCAUCUUCGCACAAGCCUUUAAAGAACCUGAAAAAAGCUCCGAUUAACACAGUUACAGUCGUCGCCGCCGUAUGUAUUGAAAUGUCACAUAUUGGGCUUUUACUUGAAUCCCAUUACUGGCCCAUAUUAUUUGUUUAAUAAAUCAUAAUUAAAUGUUAAUGUUUCUCGUUAAAAUUGUGACGUUCCAACACUGUUUGGAAUCUCUUAAA